AUCGUUCAUUAGUCGAAGAGUAAUCCUGAAGUUUGUACGGGAGGGGCGAGAUUUAGCGCCGCCCAGCGGGCCCGGCCGCCCGCCUUGCGUGCGCGCAGCUCAAAUGGUGAACGUCACGCUGUAAGACAAGAUCAAACCCACCCCUAAAAUUGUGCAAGUUUCAAAUUAAAAAAUAUGAUAGUGCAGUGUUCGUGAUACAAAUAAUUAAAAUAGUGCAAUAAUAAAAAUGCCCAGAAAAAGAGUGAAUCGAUCCCCGCCUGUUGAGAAACGAACCGACGAUGCGGAUGACGACGAUUUCUUUUUUGAUGAUAAUCAGUCAAAUUCUGGUCGGAGUUCACAAGAACCACAACACAGAAACGCCGCCAACGCAAGGGAACGAGCUCGAAUGCGAGUUCUCUCAAAAGCAUUUUGCAGACUGAAGACGACAUUACCCUGGGUACCAGCAGACACGAAACUCUCCAAGCUAGACACACUGCGACUAGCUGCAUCUUACAUAGCGCAUCUGCGAGCUCUGCUACACGAACCGAGAUCUGCGCAUACGCCGCCGCAUCCUCUCAGCCUGGCCUGGCCAUUCGCUUUCCAGCACGGAGGAACCCUGAGUUGCGCGAUAUCACAAAGAUGGAAUAUCAAUCCUCCAAACAACGACUCUUCUAGUAGAAACGCCCAGCCUCCGAGAGAGAAUACUCAAGACAGUCAUACACACUGUGACGGUUAUCCAGACUAUCCCGACAACGAUUACGAAGAACGUUGUUAUGAAGAAAUGAACACGAACGAAUCGUGCGCAGCAAAUAUGCAAUACUGUAACUAUGGUUACAAAGAUAAUUACUAUGAAAUGAGGAAUGAUAUGAGGAAUUCUUACGCGUCUGAUAGCAUGAUGAACUAAGAGUACCUACUUAUUGGGGGAUAAUUACUGGGGUCCUUGUCAAAAAUUUUGGGUCAAGGACCUAUUUUAUCUGCCCCUUUUUAGCAAUGUGG